GGGGCUCUGGAGCUCGGCAUAUAAACCGUUCAGCCGUCUCAUGGAUCAGUGUCUUCACAGGUACCAGAGGGUGCAUUUGAUUUUUUGAUUUGAGUCUCAGGAUGAAAGUCUUAAAGGGAGCGCUGCUGCUGCUGCUGCUGCUAGCUGUUGCUAACAUAUCCAUGGAGCUCCUGCACAACCCCAACCAAACAAUGCACCCCAUCGAAGGCAAGAUGGAGGUUGAUGGAGUCUUCGUUGCCUACAAUGAAACCGGGUCUGUUAAUUUCUACGAGACGUGUCCAACCUGCAUGAUGAUUGUGUUCAAUACUUCGAAGGGGGGGUUCCUGCUGAACUACAGGAAGGAGGGUGAUCACGAUAAACACAGGAAAAUGGCAGAGUGUUUGGGAUUCGACCACGAACAGCCGUACAGCUACGAUGGAGUCGCAGUUGCCACGGAGGAGGACAAGAUCGUCGGAGGGAAGGAGUGCAUUCCCUACUCCAGGCCCCAUCAGGUGUCUCUGAACGAUGGCUCCCACUUCUGUGGAGGCUCCCUGGUCAACGAGAAGUGGGUGGUGUCUGCCGCUCACUGCUACAAGUCCGAUAUGGAGGUUCAUUUGGGAGAGCACGACCGUAAUGUCAAGGAGGGAAACGAGCAGGUCAUCAGCUCCUCCCGUGUCAUCCCUCACCCCGACUUCAACGAUGACCAAAAGGACAGUGACAUCAUGCUGAUCAAGCUGAGCAAGCCCGCUAACCUCAACCAAUACGUUCAGGCCGUGGCUCUGCCCAGCAGCUGUGCCUCCCCUGGCACCAAGUGCAUCGUCUCUGGCUGGGGAAACACCCAGAACUCGGCUGACAAGAACAAGCUGCAGUGUCUGAACAUACCCAUCCUGACCGAAAGGGUCUGUGAAAACUCCCCAGGUCGGAUCACUGAUAACAUGUUCUGCGCUGGAUACCUUGAGGGAGGCAAGGACUCUUGCCAGGGAGACUCUGGUGGACCCGUCGUGUGCAACGGUGAGCUGCAGGGUGUUGUGUCCCAUGGCCUCGGAUGUGCUAAGAAUGACAAACCCGGUAUCUACACCAAGGUCUGCCACUUCACCGAUUGGCUGGAGACAACCAUGGCCAACAAUUAAGUCUGAUCCUGCGAUCACCAUCUUACUCUGCUGCCUUUCUUCCAUCAUUCUAACUCCACGGUUGUUGUUGAGUUUGGAAUAAUGUGCAAUCUGAGUCAAUAAAGUCCUACACCUUGACUUUUAAA